AGUUCAGGAGCACCUGAAGCAGGAAUGAGCAGCAUCGCACCUCAGCAGCGUUUUCAUCUUGCACGAUAGAAACAGGUUUUCUAGAUAACAAAGUCUCUGAGAAAUUAACCAAAUUAUGAAAUGACAUAAAUCUUUUGGUUUGUUUUUUGCCACUAUGGGUCAACAUUUUUUACUUCAUGACAAUGUCUUCCGUGCAACUGUCUUGUUUGCUGUGCUCGUUUCGAUCCCUCGUGGGCACUCUGACUGUGCAGUGUGCCAAUAUAAGACAAACUCCACAACCUCAGACAUCACUAUGUUUGUUGGAGACAGCUCCUCCUGCAGUGUGCAGAACGCCAGCAUUACAAGUGCUCAGAAUAGCAUCACAGUAACUGGACUGCUGCCUGGAAACACGUAUUUCUUCAAGAUCAACUGUUCAGUUGUGUGCUGCGCAAACCUCUCCACCAACUAUUCCAGCAAUCUGACUAUCAUGCAGCCCAACUCCACCUCAGUGUAUCUGAACUGGACAGGCCAGUUUCCACUGAUCAAUCAGUCUUUUACCCUCCGUCCAGCACAAGUGAAGAAUAUCACUGUUCUGAAUUCCAGUAACAGUAGUUUGACCGUGGAGUGGGCAGUCCCUCUUGGUCAUGUGGACUCGUAUAUGGUGAACGUAUCUGGUGCCGAGCUGAACACAUCCAUCAACUGUAACCCUCCCAUCAACUCUUCAGUCAUCAGUAACCUCAUGGCAGGACGUGUUUACAACCUCACUGUGACCACCAUCAGUGGAGUCCUGAAAAACAGCUCUAACAUAGUGCUGGUUGCCACUAAGCCUAACCCGCCCGAAGCUGUCCAAGUGAGCGGACAGACCGAUGUGUCUAUUUCUUUGCUGUGGUCGAAACCCUUAUCAAUGGAUGGAGUCACUGUGUCCUAUGUAGUAUCAUAUAUAUCUAACCAGCCAGGGGUCAACCUAACUUUGAGUCAUACCAACUCUUCAAACAUGACACUCACAAAUUUAUUACCCGGCAGUCAGUACAACAUCACUGUGGUCACCAUAGGAGAAAAAGAUCUCAGGAGCUCAAAUGUAAACCUCCCUGCAUAUACAGCUCCUAAUGCAGUGCAAAAUCUGGCUGUUUCUGCUGUGAGCACCAAUUCAGUCAAUUUGACCUGGCUCCCCCCUAAUGGGAACUUCAACCUGUUCUCCUACAGAAUCAACAUAACUUCACCUGAUCAGACUCUCAAUACCACAUCCAACAAUUAUCAGAUUACUCCGUUGCAGCCUGGGACUCAGUAUAAUUGUAGCGUCAGAGCACUCAUAAUGGCUGCCAACAUAUUUGGACCCUCACAGCUCAUACAGUGUAAUACCAAGCCACUGCCAGUGACUAAUUUAACAGCCUCUCCUGUUGGCACCACUGAGAUGUGCCUUUCAUGGCGCCAUCAGAUUGACUACAAACCUUCAUAUCAGUAUAAUUUGAGUGUAAAUGGCGAACGAUGGAUACAGAGUAUCAGUGAGACUGCAAAUGUCACUAACCUUGUCGCCGGGAACAACUACACCUUUACUGUGAAAACUGUUGCAAAUGGCAUGAGCUCUGAUUCUGUAGCCAUCUCUGCAUUUACAGGGCUUGGUAAAGCAUCCAAUAUUUCUGCGGUUGGCACUACUCAGAGCAUGAGAGUGGAGUGGAGACCACCUGAUGGCACUGUGAUACUCUACAACGUCAAAAUCCUGUUGAACAGAACUGUUUUAAAGACAGAAAACCGAACGAAUGCGACAACCGUGCUGUUCUCAGACCUGCUACCUGGAACUCAGUACAAUGUCAUUGUCACAAGUGUCAGUGGACCCAUAAGGCAGGACAGCGAUAGUGUAUCCAAUGCCACCUUGCCCACUCCUCCUGGCGAGUUUGUGAUAGUGCGGAGCACAAACUCACUGAACAUCAGCUGGGCUCGACCACUUAACAUGAGCUCAGUAUCACACUACUUCCAGUUGUCAUACAGCAACAGCAUGCUGAACUGCAGCCAAAACUACAGCUCUCUGACGGGACUCAGUGCAGGUGUCCAGUACAACAUCAGUGUGAGGACUGUAGGUGCAAUGGGAUAUUUCAGCUCUCCUAAGUAUCUCACUGCAUAUACAAAUCCUUCUGCAGUAACUGAUGUAAGAGUGAUUGGAUAUACAGAGACUAGUAUAACUCUGAGCUGGCAGCAGCUUGAUGUUCAGCAAUUCGGUUACUCCUACCUGCUCACCUUCACACACCAUAAUGGCACAGCUGACCAGAAGACUGUGAGUAACACCACAGCGCAGCUACUGUCACUGCAGUCAGCUAGUCAAUACAAUAUCAGCAUUGUCACACAGACAGCUGGCGGCACCAAGUCUGAUCCCCAGUUUAUAACUGCCUGCAAUAAGCCGUUUCCGGUUUCCUCUGUAAACCCUGAAGUUCUGAAUGUUUCUGCCGUGAAGCUGAGCUGGUCCCGUCCUCUGCAGUACCACAGUGGCUUUUCCUACCACGUUUUCGUGUCCAACUGCACAGAAAAUAGUCGGAACUUGUCGACUUUCUCUGAAAACAUCACAGUUCCAGACUUGCAGCCUGGCACCCUGUGUCAGUUCAGUGUGUAUAGUUUUGCCUGCGGCAUUCUGGGACGACCAGUGAACGUCUCUGUCUUAACAAAGCCCUCUACAGUGAUUCCCAAACUAUAUAAUCAAGGCUCUAAUCACUCACUCUUGGUGACGUGGGAUCAUCCUGUUGGUGGGCUGGACCUGUACAUUCUGAACAUCAGCAGUGAAGGAUGGAGCAGCUCUAAAGUUCUCAAUAGCACUGAACACAAUCACACCUUCAGUCAACUGAAAGCAGCAACUGUCUUCACAGUCACACUCACAACUGUCAAAGCAACCUUCUGGGAAACAUCUCGUUCAGUAAAAAUGGCAACUUAUCCCAACAGACCAGGAGAGAUUAAGAUUUUGUUGAAGAGCAGUCAUUCAUUGUUGUUUAAAUGGGAUGAAGCUGAGAGCAUGACAGCUGGCAGCUUCAACUACAGCCUGACCUACUGGCCCAGCUAUAAUACCAGUCAAUAUCUCACUCCUAAUAACACUUUCCUUUUGGACGGCUUGCGAUCUGGAACACCCUAUAAUGUUUCUGUGGCUACUGUAGGCCCGAUGGGUUUCCAGAGUGACUCUAUCAGAGUUCAUGUUACCACCAAACCUGAUCCUGUCCAAAACCUACAAGUUGGUUCCACAACAAUAAAUAGCAUUUCUGUCAUUUGGGCAAAAGUGGAAGGGGUCCCAAAAUAUGUAGUAAGAGUGUACAGUGAGAAGGAAGAGAAAAACACAACCACUAUAAAUAACAGCAUGGCUAUACACAGUCUGAUGCCUUCAACACUCUAUAACAUCAGUGUGCAGAGCAGCACUUCGGACAACACAGAAGGAGAAGCUGUGUGGCUGCAAGCAUGCACUGAUGCAGCUCCAGUGGAUAAUGUGAACUGUACGGGUCCUAAUUUAACCUUUCCAAUGCUUAACGUCUCAUGGAGCCCUCCUCCUGGUAAAUACCAAGGCUUUGAAUUUAAGCUGGACUCCUCUGACACAAAAAUGACCUUCAAUCUAACCCACACCUUCACUGGACUUAAGUACAACACUCUGUACAAAGUCAUGCUCUGGACAAUUGGUUGUGGGAAGAAGAGCACAGUGGAAUCGAUCACCUGUAUGACUGGAAUCACAAAACCUGUUGUACCUAAAAUAACAGCAGUGAGUAUAUCUGAGCUACAAUACAACAAGUUUACUUUGAAUCUUCAGUCGGACAUCUUUAAUGACUCAAACGGUCCUGUGCUCUAUUAUGGUGUGCUUGUCUACUCCAGCAUUAUUGAUUGCUUGGACAAAAGUAACAAGUUUGAUCAAUGCCUGUUGAACACCUACGAGGACUGGAAAGCAAAGCGGUGCAGCACAUUCCUGGCUGUUGUCAGGAAACCGGGUCAAACAGGGUCUAGAAAUAUACAGACACAAACAAUCAUCAUUGGAGAUGAAACUAUGUGGGAAGGUUACAAAAAUGGAGAACUAAAUGCAAAAGACACUUACAAUUUUGCUGUCAUUGCUUUCACUCGUCUGGAGAUAAAGAACCGUUUAGUGGAUGUUUCUAAUUCAUACUACUCCAUGUCUGAGUUUUACCAAAGUCCCGUCAUACUGCCAGAGAACCCAGUGGUAAUUGGAGCAGCAGCUGCAGGAGCCGGUGUUGCUGCUCUUCUUGUUGUAAUCAUCAUCGUGGUUGUGGUUUGUAGAGGGAAGCAAAGAAAAGAUGAUUCUACUAGUGUUCCUAUCCACUCUAUAAGAAACAAAGUGAGUGAUCCAAUAAAGGUGGAGGAUUAUGAGGCUUACUAUAGGCGGCAAAGAGCUGAUUCCUUUUGUGGAUUUGCUGAAGAAUUUGAGGAUCUAAGGCCAGUUGGAAUAAAUCAGCCAAAGACUGUUGCUCAGGCCCCUGAAAACAAAGCCAAGAAUCGUUAUAACAAUGUGCUGCCAUAUGAUUCAUCUCGUGUCAAGCUCUCGGUGCUCAGCAGCCCAUUUGAUGACUACAUCAAUGCCAGCUACAUGCCGGGUUACACUUCAAAGAAAGAGUUUAUCGCAGCCCAGGGGCCACUGCCCUGCACUGUCAAUGACUUCUGGAGACUGAUCUGGGAGAAAAACAUGCACACUAUUGUCAUGCUCACCAAAUGCAAUGAGCAAGGACGGGUAAAAUGUGAAGAAUACUGGCCAGCAGAGACAAAACAUUUUAACAAUCUGACAGUGACGAAUGUUUCCGAGAUCCCAUUGGAAGACUGGACUUUACGUGACUUUGAAGUGAAAAAUGUGAAAACAGCAGAGUCUCGAUCAGUUCGUCAAUUCCAUUUCACUGCGUGGCCAGACCAUGGAGUGCCUGAGACCACUGAGCUUCUCAUCAACUUCAGACACCUGGUCCGAGAACACAUGGACCAGCACUCAAGACAUUCACCUACACUUGUGCACUGCAGUGCUGGUGUGGGCCGCACGGGAACCUUCAUUGCCAUUGAUCGGUUAAUCUUUCAGAUUGAGCGGGAUGGUGUAGUAGAUGUAUAUGGGAUCAUCCACGAUUUACGCAUGCACAGACCACUCAUGGUUCAAACAGAGGAUCAAUAUGUGUUUCUUAACCAGUGUGCCAUGGACAUCAUCAAGUCUCGGACUGGAAACAAUGUUGACUUGAUCUACCAGAACACAGCUGCACUCACUAUUUAUGAGAACUUUGAACCCUUAAAAAAAGCCAAAAAUGGCUACCAUAAGGCCUGACCAUCUACCUUAUAAUUUGCUGCACUGCUGUAAAAAACUUUUCUCUUUUAUUUUUUAAAUUAAGUUUUAUUUAAAGAGGAAAAUACAAAAAAUGUAUUUAUUAAGAACUUUGUUUAUAAAGGUAUACAAGUAUGCAGAAAAAUUUAACCAUUUUGUUACGUUUUUAUCAAAUACAGAAAUGUAGUUGCAGGGAUGUUUUGUGAGAGUUUUCAUAGAAUAAAGCUGAUAAUUGUACAUCCAACAUUAUAAAAUGGCAUUUCCUCAGACAUAGACUACAAGUGAAAUGAAGUUAAGCAUGAAUAGAAAUAUAGACAUUAGACAGAGGUCUGUUGCUAUAUCACUGCAGCAUUAUUAAAGACAAGAUGGGUUUGCAAAACACCUCUCCUUGAUUUAAAGG